CCGCCGCUCCCGGGGCCCGGGGAGGGUCCUGCCCCGCUGGGUUGGGGGCUGCAGCACCCACGCAGCCCCACGCGAGAAGGGGGACAUGCUCGGAGCCGGGGUCACGCUCCUCUGCUGUUUGCUGGUGGCAGCCGGGGCCCUGCGUCCCGUGGUUGAGGACAUCGCCCGCGUCACCUGGAGGACCCGCGGGACCCACAUAGCCGAGGCCAAGCCCCGGGAGGAGAAGUUCUCCGUGGAUUACCUGCCUGCCUUCCGUGGGCGGCUGCUCAUCCACCCCGCCAACCUCUCCCUGGAGAUCCUGCAGCUGAGGCAGGAGGACAGCGGCGACUACGAGGUGAUCGUGGACACCUUGUCCCACCCCACGGCCCCAAAGACCUUCCGCUACUUUCUGCAGGUUUCUGGUGACCCCUCCGGGCCCGGUGACGCAGCAGGACACGGUGGGAGCACCGUGACCCCCCCGGGGCUGACAGAGCCACGUCCUGGAGACCCCACGAGGCCAGGCACGGGUGGAGGGGGGCUGGGAACCUGUGGGGGGUGGAGACACUACUGUGAGCUGAAGGGGUACCUCGUGGCCGCCGUCCUGGGGCCGCUGCUGGUGCUGUUGGUCGCCGUCCACCUGGUGACCAGGGACAAGGUGUCAGCAGGGACCGAGUCCCCCAGGGCUGCCAUCCCUCAGGGAUGGUCCCCAUGGCAACG